AAUUUGCAUGAAGCACAGACAGACGGUUUCACGUUCCUUUCAUUGUAGAAGAUUAUGGCGGGAUCUACUGCGCCGUACGGUUCUUGGGUUAGCCCGAUUGAUAGCGAUGUUGUGAUUAAAGAAUCAAGAUCUCUAAUGGAAGUUAGGAUAGACCCGUUCCAAGAAGACAAAGUCUUCUGGUCAGAGAUGCGGCCAGAGGAAGAUGGAAGAUAUGUCAUCUGUUGCUGGAGUGGGGGACUAGAAUCCAUUACCCCAGAUGGUUUCAGCAGUCGAACACUUGUCCACGAGUAUGGAGGGGGCGCUUUCUUUGUUCACAAGUACCGUAUCUACUUUUCCAAUUUUAAAGAUCAAAGGAUGUACUGCCAGAAGAUAAAGAAAUCUGGAACUGAACCCGUUCCUAUCACUCCAAAGCAUAAAGACUGGAGAUAUGCCGAUGGUGCCAUGUACAAAAAAAACAUAAUUGUUUGUGUACGUGAAGAUCAUGAAGUGCUUACUGAAGGAGCAAAAGAGGCACAAAACACAGUUGUAUCUAUCAAUCGUAAAAAAAAGGAGCAAUUUGUGUUGGUUUCAGGAGCUAAUUUUUAUUCAACUCCAAGGGUAUCCAAAAAUGGCACAAUGGCCUGGGUGCAGUGGAACCACCCAAACAUGCCAUGGGAUGACACUGAGCUUUGGCUAGCAGAAAUAACAUCAGAUGGAGAUUCGCUGAAGGAAGAAACAAAACGAAAGGUAGCAGGGGGACUUGGUAUUAGCGUCAUCCUUCCAAAGUGGUCUCCAGAUGACAAGCUCCUCUACAUCCAUGACAAAACAAACUGGUGGAAUCUCUAUCAGUUGGAUGAUGAUGAGGACAAUGAGACCAGUUUGUGUCCACCGUCUGAAGAGAUUGGUCAGCCAGCCUGGACAUUUGGAGAGAGUCCAUACUCCUGCAGUCCCACCAGCAAUGGUGACAUUCUUAUGAUUCAUGGCUCGGAGCUGGCAUGCCUCAAACCCUCUGGUGAAAAGCAAGUUAUCACAAUCAAAGAGGAUGAUUACAAAUCUUUUGGCAAGUUGGAAUACUCUCCAGAUGGAAAGUAUGCAUACAUGGUGGCAGGGGGUCCACAGACGUUCACAAAGCUCAUAAAAUUGGACCUUAACUCUGGAAAAUCCUCAGUUAUCCGUGAAUCUCACAGUGCAUCUGUUGAUCGUGGGUACUUAAGUGUUCCUCAAGAAGUGAGCUGGGAUACAAGAGAUGGUGCAAAGGCCUAUGGAUAUUACUAUCCUCCUCAGAACAAGGAUUAUCAAGGGCCAGAUGAUGAGAAACCUCCUCUACUUGUGAAGGUUCAUGGUGGACCCACCAGUGCCUGUUCACCAGUACUUGAUCUCAAGAAACAGUAUUUUACAUCGCGAGGCUUUGCAGUGUUGGAUGUCAACUACCGUGGCAGUACAGGAUUUGGCAGAAAAUUCAGGGAUGCUCUUAAAACAAACUGGGGACUGGUAGAUGUUCAAGACUGCUGUGAUGGUGCACUGUAUCUGGCUAGUGAAGGCAAAGUUGAUGGUAAAAGGCUUACAAUUGAUGGUGGCUCUGCAGGCGGCUUUGUUGCAUUAUCUGCCCUUACAUUUCAUAAAGAUUUCAGUGCAGGCACAAGCAAUUAUGGAGUGUCUGACAUCUCAGCCCUUGCAGAGGAUACGCACAAGUUUGAGAGUCACUACACUGAAACACUAGUUGGUCCUUAUCCUGAAGAUAAAGCAACUUAUGAUGAGAGAUCACCAGUAUUUCAUGCAAGCGAGUGUAAGGCUGCUCUGGCAAUGUUUCAAGGCUCUGAGGACAAGAUUGUUCCACCUGAACAGUCUCAAAAGAUGUAUGAUGCAGUCAAGCAUAAUGGGUUCCCUGUGGCAUACAAAGUUUUUGAAGGUGAACAGCAUGGUUUUCGCAAAGCAGAAAACAUCAAAUUCUCUCUUGAUGGAGAAUUUUACUUCUACUCCAAAGUUUUCAAUUUUGAUGCACCUGGCAUUGAUGUGGACCUUGACAUUGAAAACUUACCUGAAGAGGAAAGCUAAGAUUGUGGUAUGAAGGUCUGCUUGGAAAGGGAGAUGCCUCAGGAAAACAAUGAUUGGAUGAUAUGAUGGGUACAAAGCCAGGUUUAGGUGCAGGUCUGAAAGCAGCAGUGGUAUCGUUUGGUUUUCCAUUCUACAUUUUCUUAUGACUUUUUCAAAUACAAGAUUUGUUAGAGGUCAAACUUUUGUAUUCUAUCUAGAACUUGCUUAUUAAAUUCUAGGAGCUCUUCUACCAUUAACAAAGAUGACUUCAUUAGUCCAAAAAGCAUGUUGAGUAAAAUAUGUUUAGCAAGUGCAUUAUGUAUUACUAACAACAUUAGUUUCCAUUAAAACUAACAACACAUUUUGUACUAAAGGUUGCAAUAAAAUUGAAAAGCAAAGGUUC